GAAUGUUACCGCUUCGAAUAGAAAAUAACGAUAAACACCGAUUUAUGAAUGGCGUCGUCAUGUGUGUGAUUAUUUCAGCAAUUUAAAGAUUUAAAUUUGUAUAAUUUCGGGUAAUUAAAGUUGAAAAAAUGGAAGUUGCCUUCAAGAGUAUCGACAAUUAUUUUGAAUUCUUCAAAGAUGUGGACGAAAUAUACAGAUCCAAGGAAAAUACCUUGAAAUCCAUAAUCUCAGAGCUAGAAUUCAAGUACGCUGACCUAUUGAAUGAUAAACCAAAGAAACAGGAUGAAUUUUUGAUCCCUGAAAUACCCAAAUUCAAGAAGGAGGUUAAAGAUAAACGCGAAUCAUCCCGAGCUUCAAGACGAAACCCUUCGGAAUUGAGUAAAGUGAACACAACCCAGAAAGACCUAUUCAAUUCGAAUGACUCGGAGAUUAUCAGAAGAAGCUCUAGGAUUGCGUCCAAGACGAAACUCAAACCGAGUAAUGUUAUUCCGCAAAAUGGAAAAUCCGAAAAUGGUGUUCAAGAUUGUACCUACAUUGUUUCACCGAGCCAUCCUCCUACCAAAAUACGACGUACCAGUGAUAUCGAACAGAAGAGAAACGAAGAUAAUCGUUCGGCUUUGGAAGAAUCAGUUUGUACUGCCGAUAUGAAACAGCCACUUGGUGCAUCUACGCCUACAUCGCCACCUUUAUCUACCCCCAAGGCAGUUCGAAAAUCCACGGAUAUGGCUGCGAAAAAAACGAAUUCAGAUGAAGAAAACAAAACUCCUACCAGCGAUGCUGCUCGCGGAAAAAUAGAAUCGGUCAAGAAACGCAUUGAAGAAUUUGAAAAACGAGCUAAAGGACACCUUCUUCCCAGUAAACUGCCAAUUAAAAGUCCCGAUAAGAGUAAACUCAUGUCGCUGAUCAAAAAUACAUCUUCAAAUGUUAGUAACACGAAAAAAGAAGUAUUUACUGAAGACGAAUCCUCAGUUUCGGAAGCGCGAGUGUUGAGAGCAAACACGAAGGUUCUACAAGAGAAAAAUGCUAAUGUCAAAAUAUCGAAGGAGAAGGUAUUAGAAGCUCAGAAAAAGAAAGCUGCCAUGAUAAGAGCCAGUACCGAAGAAAAACAAAGAAAAAGAGAAGAACGAGGUCGUAAAGUUGCUGCUCAAAGAGAAGCCGCCGAGAAAGAAAAACAAUUGGCUGCGAUGAAAUCAGAGAAAGAAAAGGAACAAAAACUGAAGCAGAUACAGAAAUUGAAAGAUGAGAAAUAUAAGGAAGAAUAUUUGAAGAAAAAACAACUCGCAGCUAUGAAAGCUGCCGAAAUGGAGGAGAGGAGAAAACAGCAAGAAGAAGCUGCUAGGCUAGCAAAAUUGAAAAAGACGCAAGCCGCUAAAGAGGAAAUUCCUCAAUACGGAAUAGACAAUGUAUUGGAAGGCGAUUCCAGCGAAGAUGAAGAUAAUCCCAAAAAACAGAUACCUAGUUGGGCUUCAAAAAAAAAUCGCGAAUACCCUCUCAUGGUCCAAGGCUGGUUAAACAAAAGGGAAACUGUUUAUCCUUGGUUCUACAAUAAAAACCUGAAGUACCCUAAGCUUGAAGAAUUAUUCUCUAUUGAAGUAAAAUCCCGUCCCAGAACAUCCAGCGCCUUUUGGAAUUCGAGAAUAUGUUUCAAUGAGUCUUUCCCUCUUAUGUAGAAUUUCGAUGACUAAUGCACUGAUUUUGUCUUGUUCGUACUUUCGUGAUUCGUAUUUCGUGUCGAGUUAUCAUUUAAGAAAUUUCAUUUCGCGUUAUGGAAUUCGUGAAUGUGUUUCAAUGUACAUAUCUUUCUUUUUUGUAUAAUUUCGAUUAUCAAUGUACUGAUUUUUUUUGUUUUUUAAGUUCCAUGAUCAACGUUAAAUUUAUACCUAUUCUAUAUUUAUUUCGCGCGUGUGAAAAUCUUUUCCUCUGUACGUAGGUACCAUUUCGAUGAUGAAUGUACUAAUUUUGUUUUGUUUGACAUUUCAUGACUCGCGUUCAAUUAAUAGACAUAUCUACCUUGAUUUCAUUUCGCAUCAUACUGAGCUUAGUUGAGUUAUUGUGUUUUAUACCGGAAGAAAAUAAAGUAAUUUCUAGAAAGA